AUGGAAGAAAACAGCACAGUUUGCGCCGCUGAGGCCGCGCCACCGGCCACAAAUGUUCAGUCCAAUGAAGAUAUUCCUAUAAAUCAAACUAAAUUAGAUGUAGAAAGGCUCGCCGACAAUAUUGCACUCGUAAAUAUUAAUAAAGACGAUAGUGAUAAUAAAAACAAUAGUGAUAUAAAAACUGAUAAAAAAGAUAAAGAAUGUGGUAAAAAAGAUGAAAGUGUUGUUAAAAUUGUGAAUGAGGAUACCAAGAACCCUGCAUUGCCACUUGUAAAUGGUGACAGCAAUAGCCCGGCAAUAUUUAAGGAACCUUUUGUGGAGAACGAAUCGUGUGAAGUAAAUGAUGAUGCAAGAUCUCUAGAUCUGGACAGCUUACCAGCCGGGGAUGAACUUGUAUUGGGUGCUGCGGGCAGCGAUAGUGGAGUGGAAGGAUGUGGCCGCGCGCUUAGCAGUGGCGGUGGAUCACGAUCGUGCGCUUCAAGUGUAGUCUCAUGUGGAUCGGGUUGUGGGUCUGAGAGUUCGUCCUUAGCCGGAGCACCACCGCGACCAAGACGUCGCGUCAACGUCAAUGUCACUGAACCAAAGCGUGGCUCACCGGUAGGAUCCAACCCUCCGCGACCCGUAACUGCACCUCGCGGUCCUAAUUUAGCAACACGCGAACGGGCUAGAAGUCGAGAGAAACCAACUCUACCGGAAAAACCGCGUCCACUCACACCGAAGCCACGAAUUCGUCCAACUGCCGAUCUGCCAAACUUAGUCCGCGAAAGCCCAGCCCUUCGUGCCAAACCCACCAAGACAUCGACUGCUAGAUGUCGGACGCCAAACUCACCUAGUGAGGAAAAGAGGUGGCCUGCAAACGGACCUCGGUUGGCAGCAAACACCGACGCAAAUGCAACUAAAGUAGCAGCGGAUAAGUACGCUACGUUGCCACGGAGACGACGUGAUGCAGAUUCUGAAGGUUCACCUCGACAUGAAGGCACCCCACCUUCUUCGCGACGCCCCACCGUGUCACGAUCUUCUUCUUCACGGUCAUCUAUCAAGACGAGAGUUCGUAUCUACGCAGAGAAGACCUCGCAAACAGUGCUACUCGGGACGGAUAUCGAGUCAGCGUUGGCGGGGAUUGUGCCAAAUAUUGAAAAUCUUCUUUCCAGUCGCGUAGAAGUUAGUCGUUGUCACCGCGGUGUGCAGGCGAGUGCACGGGACGUGGAAGCGACUCGAUUAGCAAAUGCUCUGGCAGCCGCCGCUGAAGAAAGGGAAAGACGACAACGGGCUGAGUCGCAACUAGCGGCUGAAAGAGCCGCUAGACUAGCUGCCAUUGCGGAACUGGACAGAAAUUCACAAAGGCUAUUGGAACUUGCAGGAGCUGGUGCGGGUGCCGGUGCAGAGGGAUGUCUGCGUGCCCUGGAAGAGCAACUACGGUCAACAGGCGAACUCGCAGCGAAACAACGAGCUGAGAUCGAUGCACUACGAGAUCAGUGUAACAGAUUGCACGUCGAGGCGUGUAGUGCCCGCGAGGCGGCGCGCCUGGCCGAGGCUCGUCUGAGCGAGGCGGAGCGCGAGGCAGCUGAAAUGCACGACUUUUUAGCUGCAGAAACUGGAGCACUUAGUGAUUCACUGCGGGAAGCUGAAACAGAGUUAGCACGGGUCAAUACAGAUCUCGAUAGAAGGCGAGCGGAGUGCCGCCAGCUCGUGCGCAUGUGCGAGCAGCGGCGCCAGGAGGCGCUGCAGGCGGCGGCGGCGGCGCGCGGGCGCGGCGCCACGCGCGGGCUGCUGGCGCUCGACGCGCUCGCGCAGCGCCUCGCGCGCCUCACGCGCGCCGUGCACCGAGCCUACCGCCUGCCCAGCGACGCGCUCGAGCCCACCGUCUACCACAACGAGCUGUACAGCCGCAGCGACAGCGGCGAGGCGCUGUCCCCGGAGGAGGAGGCGGCGGGCGCGGGGGCCGCGGGCGGGCUGCUGGCGAGCGUGGCGCGCGCCCUGCGCUGUGCCCCGGCGCCGCCCGCGCUCGCCAGGGACGACGAGCGCUCGCACGUGUCCGACGACAACGACAACUCCGCCGACCUGCUGGACUCGGAGACCGAGCCGUGCCUCGUCACCGACCCCGAAUGCGCUGAAGAAUGGUGGUCGGGAGCGGAGGGAGCCGGUGCUUGGAGCGGCGAUGAACUUUCGCCUGAAAGAGAUUUUUGUGUGGAUGAUAAAGAGGGCGAGUCGGCGUCGGCGUCGGAGCGCGAGUCACUCCGCACGCUGUCGGCAGCAAUCUGCGCGCGCCAGCGCUCGGAGGCCGAGGCGGCCGCGGCCGACGCGCUGGACGCCGAGCGCGGCGGCGUGCUGACCCGCGCGCUGCAGCUGGACGCGCGCCUGUCUCGCCUGCUGGCCGCGCUGCGGGCCGCCGCGGCCGCCGCCGCCGCGCGCGGGGACCCCGACUCCGGCCGCCUGGCCGCCGCGCUCAGAGAUAAAAUAGACUUGACAGAGAAGAAUGUAACUGAUGUGGUAGUAAAAAAGCUAGCAGAGUUGGACGCCAGCAAGAACAUGAUGGAGCAUUACAGGCAGUCCGUCGAAACGCUCAAGAUGCAACUGGCACAGGCCGGUGAAGAGGAUGAUUUUGAAGCUGUCGAAGAGGAGCUGUCGGCGUGCAGCGAGAGCGAGCGCCGCGCGCUGUACGUGGCGCUGGACGGCGCGCUGGUCGCGCUCGGCGCGGCGCCGGGCUGCGCGCGCUCCCCGCGCCUCGCCUCGCUGCGCGCGCGCCUCGAGCGCCUCGCCUUCGCGCUCGCCGCGCCGCCCCCGCCCCCGCCCGCCGCCGCCCCCGCCCCCGCCACGACCCCCGCCGCGCUACAGAGCACCGCGUAG